AUGGCAAUGUCUACUGACACCAUUAUUGCACUCGUCUCCCUCCUUGUCGGCCUUGUUGGGCUACCACCAACAAUCCUGAUUCUGUGGCACUGCAUCCAACGAUGUAUGAGACCAUCGACCUCACACGAAGCAUCUGAUGUGGGAAGUGGUGUGCUAUAUCUAGCGGUAGUUCGAGAUCUUCUGUUGACCAGAACUCAUAGAGCUCGAAGCGAGAUCGACCUGAUUAUCAUCGCCGUAUAUGGGCCUUGCCAUUGCACCCUCAAGGGUGUCUUUCCUGACUAUACCCUCGAGAUACUGAAGGUGGUCUUUGUAACGCAUGAGUUUGUACCUGACUACCGAGUCAAGGUUGGUGUAAUGUCAAAGGGCGUUCUCUUUGUUGGAUCGGAAUGGCUAGGCGUCGAGACACAGUGCUCAUGUAUUGAUGCAUCUGAAUGUCAGAGCGAUCAUUUGCUUCGGGACCUUGCUCAGCGCGACGUCGAGUCUUGGCAGUGUUCAAUCUGGGUCACAAUGUUGUCCCUCUGGACCAGGCUUGAUCCGUUUAUCAGGCAGACCACUCGAAGCUGGACGACUAUACGAUUGUUUUCCUACACGCGAACCGGCCUCGAUGCACCCAAAGACGGCAAGGACACACAUCAUGAUGCCUCGGACGCGGCACGUCUUGCCUACGCUAGGGAAUACUACCAUCGAGUGACGAAGAAGAAGCUCGAGGAGGACCCAAAAUUCCGGGCUGCAAAGCUUAAAAAUCUUCAAGAGUACCGCGAACAAUGCAAGAAGAGAAUGGAAGAAGAUGCAGAUUUCCGUACCAAAAUCUUGCAAAGGAGAGAAGAAUACCACUUGAUCAGGUAUCAAGACCACGACUUUGCCGAGCAGAAAAGAAAGAUUUCCAGAGAACGCCAGCGCUUGCUUAGAGCGACAUCAAAAGUUGUUUGGGACCGAGAGCACAUGCGCAAGGCCCUACGAGAGAGGCGGCUACGAGACGACGCGUUGUACAUCAAACACCGUUUUAUAGGAUGGCUGCGACGCAACUUUCCCAAACAAAAUCUGGAAUGGAGGAAACACCAACCUACCUUUUUUGACGAAAAAGUCGAAAUGCACUGCGCAUCCUGUCGUCGCCUUCGACCUUUGAAACUGUGGUGGAAGAGAAAACCUGUAUCUGCUGAAGCCAUAACUGACACGGAGCAGUUCGACUGCAUGUUAUGUUUUUUCAAGCACGCUGGCGACGAUCUUAUGCCGAUUGGUUAUGAGGGCCUUACUUUCGAACGUCCGACUGCUGUCAAGCACCGCAAAAAGUGA